UGCGUCGGGCGUGCGUACAGCUCGCGGAGACCAUGGCGUCCGGGCCUCACCCGACCGUCGCCGCCUCGUCGGCCGCCCCGAGUGCGGGCGGCUCCAGCUCCGGCACGACGACCACGACGACGACCACAACUGGGGGAAUCCUGAUCGGUGAUCGCCUGUACUCGGAGGUGUCGCUUACCAUCGACCACUCGCUGAUCCCGGAGGAGAGGCUGUCGCCUACCCCUUCCAUGCAGGACGGGCUCGACCUGCCCAGCGAGACAGAUCUGAGGAUCCUAGGCUGCGAGCUCAUCCAGGCCGCGGGUAUCCUCCUCCGGCUGCCGCAGGUGGCGAUGGCGACGGGACAGGUGCUGUUUCACCGAUUCUUCUAUUCCAAGUCUUUCGUCAAACACAGUUUCGAGAUUGUUGCCAUGGCUUGUAUUAAUCUUGCAUCAAAAAUUGAAGAAGCACCCAGAAGAAUAAGAGAUGUGAUUAAUGUAUUUCACCACCUACGCCAGUUAAGAGGAAAAAGGACUCCAAGCCCCCUGAUCCUUGAUCAGAACUACAUUAACACCAAAAAUCAAGUUAUCAAGGCAGAGAGAAGGGUGCUAAAGGAGUUGGGAUUUUGUGUUCAUGUCAAGCAUCCUCAUAAGAUCAUUGUUAUGUAUUUACAAGUCUUAGAAUGUGAACGUAAUCAAACCCUGGUUCAAACUGCCUGGGUAGUCCAUGAUGGUAAGUCAUAGAACCCUCUGCACUUCAGCCCAUGACCUCAGGAUGGCCUGAUUGGCUGCCCUGCUCUCCAGCCAAUCCAGUGCAAGCUCUCAUCCGAGAUUCACUGAAGUGGUCCAUAUCCAUCUGGCAGCAUCUUCUAGUUCUGUCGGGGUGUCAAAAGGAUUUGUAUAUUUGCUUCUAGAAGUAACUCUUCAACAUGCCUAUGUAUUUAAUGUAUACUUGUGACUAUCAAAAUGAAUAGUUCAGUUUUGAUAGAUUUGUUCAGUCAUUAUGAAUUAUGAUUGAUUUCUAUUUUUAGUAUGUAUAGCAUGAAUUCUGCCAAAGGAAACUAACUGGAAGCCUAAAAUGGGCAUGAGUCCCGUGUUGGUGAACUUUAUAGCUGCUAGGCUAUUGUAGGCAAUACUGUUAGAAAAGGAGUGCUUCAUUUUUAAGAGAUGCUAAUAUGAUGUGAGCACUUUAGAGCUUGGACUUCAGAGAUGCAGAUGUGUGAUGUGGAGUGCUAGCUUACUGAAGAUAAAACAAGGAGUUUGUGGUCCAGCCAUAAAUACUGUCUCAGGACUGUCUAUAAUGUACAGCACUUUAAUGUUUCUGUUCUGGACUUAAUGACUGCCAUGCUUUUAGAUUCAGUAAAUGUUAGUAGUAUUAGAAAAGUUUUUGCUUUUAUAAAAUGCAUGACAUUUUCAACAUGUUUAGCAAUUUUCAUGGGUAAGGAUUUUUUAAGAAAUACUCUUUAACGUAACUUUUUAAAGAAUCUGUGCAAUUUUUAAAAAUACUUUAGGAAUAUUGUGGGGGUGGGUUCACUGAUAAGGUCCAGCAAUUGAUUAACUGAAAUAGUUUUAUCUCUCUUAUUUAUACUUAAUCACACAAAAAGGUAUGUUAUAUAUUUAUUGCUCUUCACUUCCCUACUUAGAUUUUUUUGAAGUAGCUUAGUUUUCUUAAUACAAGUAUAACUCAUUGAGUGAUUACUGAAAAUGCCUUUUUACCCCUGUCACAGUACUUUGAGUUUUUGAAAGAACUUGGUUGACACUGCUUUUUUCAUUGUGGAUAAAGGAGAGAUGGUCAAUAAUCAAUGGCUUGAAGUAUCGUUGGAGUGGUUUAUCAGUUUUGAAACGAGUAUUGUCAGAAUUGAUUUUCCAAGAUUGCUUUCAUUACUGAAAUAUUAACUUUGAGUAAGUUCUAUCUGGUAUAAUACGGAAUUAUUUUAAAGGACUUUGGUCAUACUUAAGAAAGGUAAAGAAUGGUUUUAUUGUUAAAAUUCUUACCUCUUACUGAUACUGAAUUGUUGUGCUAGAAUGUGAGGAUGUAACUAUAAAUAUGAGAAGAAAAAAGAAUAAAGUAGAUUGAGUCUCCAAUUUUAUGUAAGUUUCAGGGGAACUUGAUUUGUUCCGCAUACAAAGCUUAUGGUUGAAAUAUUUUUCAGGAAUUACAUGAAUGACAGUCUUCGAACCAAUGUAUUUGUUCGAUUUCAACCAGAGACUAUAGCAUGUGCUUGCAUUUACCUUGCAG